AUGCCACCAAUUUUGAUUUGGAAUAAAUGUAUUCGCGUAACAAGUCAAGGAAUUGGUUAUCCAGAUUAUCCAGUGAUCAAUUCAAACAUUAAAUGUCCGUUCAAUUGUACUUUUACUACCAAUAGAAAAUUGUAUCGAGACAAACGCAUCAACAACAAUCUUCUUGCUUCAUACAUUCUGUGCAAUAAAUUCAUGGCCUCAAAAUCGUAGAGAAGAUCAAAAU